CGCAUACAACUUCGAUAGCUUUUCAUUUUAAACGGAUAGGAUAUUCUUGAUGAAGGAAGUGCUAUUUUUUUGUGGUUUUGUCAUGUAUAUAAAUUGUUCCAAUGACACGCCAAGCAUAACUCCAAAGCUUCGGUCUCGUCACUCAAAGAAUUCCACCCAACGACGAUAUUUAACAUUAACGCAACCCGCUAUAGUUUUCGGUUUGUAAACAUGACAGUAGAAGUUUUCGACGAGAGUGGGCGGGGCUUGUGACGUCUAGUAAACGCUGGUAUUUUCUAGACGCCUUCUGUCCACUCGCAGUGACGUAGCGGGCACGGCUCAGAUCAGCCGCACUCAACGUAAACUGGGUUAUCCGUCUUCAUGUCCUCCCUACUGAAAACACGGGAGCACAGCACGAGGGCUUAACCAUAACCUGCAGUGACACUGUAUCGCCGGAAAACAUAUUCGUGACGAGACAUCUUGGAAGCAAAACAGAAAAGGGAGGUGGCUACUUGGUUGUCACAAGAGAAAAUUAUUCCACAAGACAUUAACUGUCAUCUGUAAGGAGGGCAAACGGCUCAACUGCCUAGAUCGUAACACUUGAAAGAGUGGUGUUUUAAAGAGUGGCGGGAGGCGAUAUGGUGAACUAUUAUAGUGUGCUGGGAGUGUCCAGGAAUGCCUCGCAGGAUGACAUCAAGAAGGCGUACAGGAAAUUGGCCCUGAAAUGGCAUCCAGAUAAAAAUCCAGACAACAAGGAAGAGGCAGAGAAAAAAUUCAAAGAACUUGCUGAGGCCUAUGAAGUUCUGUCUGACAAAAGCAGACGAGGUGCUUAUGACAGAUAUGGAAAUGACAAUGUGCCACACUCGGGUUUUACCACUACGGACUUCUCAGACCUCCCAGGAUUCACCUUCACAUUUCGCAACCCGGAUGAGGUGUUCAGAGAGUUUUUUGGCGGACAGGAUCCUUUUGCUAGCUUUUUUGAUGACUUUGCAUCGUUUGGAGUCCCACAUUCUCACCUUGGCCCCAGUCGAUUUUUCUCUUUUCCCUCAACUGGAGUUGAAUUUAGCUCCUUUUCCUCUUUCGGUGGUCUCGGUGGGGUGGAGAGCAUGGGAGGAUCUAACUUCAGAUCGGUUUCUACCUCCACUCGCAUUGUAAAUGGAAAAAGCACCACCACCAAGAAGAUAAAGGAAAAUGGGACGGAGAGGAUAGAGAUUGAAGAGGAUGGGGUAUUAAAGAGUGUCCUUAUCAAUGGUGUGGAAGAUGAAAUGGCUCUCGCAAUGGAGCUCAGCAGAAGAGAAGGAGAGAAGUCCUCUCAGAAUCCCUCCAUCACGAACGGAUCAGCCCGCCACUACGACCGCUCUGCGACUCCACAUCGCUCAUUUAGUGCAGCUCCCAGCUACAACCAUGUGGCUACAGGGGACAGUGAAGAUGAUGAAGAAGAAGAAGAAGAUGAUGAAGACCUUCAGAUGGCUUUGGCAUGCAGCCUGUCAGAAAUGGAGGCCCAGCAGAAAGCCAGUUCUACCACCUUCAUACCAGGUGCUGGGGGUAGGGGUAGAACCAAACGCGUUAACAUCGGGGGCUGCAUGGGAGAAGGGCUUGUAAAUGGACAAAAAGUUAAUUUGUCCAGUGGCUGCAAAGUAGCUGCAGGGGAGCAAGAUGACGGAGGUCACUUUAAAUCUGGCACAAGAUCUGGAAAUAUUAUUGAAACGAAGCAAAAAGGAACCAAAGAACCAGACACAGCUGCUGCCACUGCACUUCCGAGUGAAGAAAAGGUCAAACCUUCAGCAAAAACAUCUGAAGGCUCUGUGAAAAAGAAAAAGUGUGGGUGUGUUAUGUGCUAGUGUGGUUUAAAUGCAUACAGUAUUUGGGAAGGCUUCCCAUCUUUUUACUUACCAUGGUGUCAGCUCACCACAUUGCAUUGUGAGUGCAAAAAUCCUUCUUCAAGGCUAACGAUUAUGAUGUCAAAAACAGCAGUUGAAAGAAACAAACUUUAAAGUUUUGCAGGUGUUUGUUUUCAGUGUGUAAUCUUGACUUAUGCACAUGUGGUCAAGUGAACCUCAAAAUUAAACUUGUUUGGAUUUGUAGCUGCAAAGGACAUCAAAUGAUUGCUUCUGAAUGACUGUGCACGUGCCAGUUUUAAUAUUUCCACAGAUGGGAAAGGGAAUGUCUGAGUAGGAUGAGAGCUGACAGGUGCAACGGGUAGGAAGUUAGGUGAGAAACGCUUUGAGUUUUGUAUUCUUAAGAGAAAUUGUUAGAGAUUGGGGAUAGUGUGUUUUUGGAUUUGAGCUACAAGAGGUUUGGUUUUAGUAAAAAAGUUUGAACUGGGAUUGUUCUUUAGCAUGUUGGUGCUAAGGAAUUAGAUGAAAAAUAUUAUGUUCUUAUUAAGGAACAAGAAAAAGCCUUUUAUAACAAUAAAAUGUGUAAGACUGCUUUCUUUCUGUGUGUGAGUGUGUGGGUUAACUGCAAUUCUGCCACAGAAUGUUCUUGUUCAGACUMUAUGGCAAAGACUGAGUAAUCGAAAUGUGCCAAACCAAUGUUAGUCUGAAACGACAAACUAAAAUCAAAAAGCAUCACACAGGACGUUCUCUGGUAGUUUUUAUCUGUUUGAUUACAUAAGUCUUCUGUAAUUACCUGAGAAUCAUUGAUUAAAAAUGAAAUUAUUUGAAGCACAAAGUUUGAACUUAGACAUGUUCAAAAUGCACACAAUUUUCUUAACAAACUACCUUAAAGAACAGUGUAAUUAAAUGUACAGUGCCUUGGGAAAGUACCUCUUGGAUAAUUCCASCUUAAACGUUUUCUGCAGCCAAUGUAGACAAAAGGCGUGCCAAAUGAAACUUUUUGAUCUAGAUGAUAAGCACCUUAAAGAAUACCCAACCUAACACAGAACAUCACCUUCAAGACACCAUCCCCAUUGUAAGACAUGGUGGUGGCAGCGUCAUUCUGUGGGUAUGUUCUUCUCUAGGGAGAGUGAAGAUGGUCAGAGUUGACUGGUCGGUCAAUAGAAGUACAGAGAAACUGUUGUAAAGGCAGCCAUAGCUACAGGAGAAUGGUUUAGAUCAAAUAAUCUUUAUCUGUUAGAAAGGCCUAGUCAAAGACUUUAAAAUGGAUGCUCACUGAUCAAAUCUAUCCAGUCUAACUAAGCUUGAUCUGUUUUAUGUUUUUGGUUAAAAAUGCCUUUACAUAUGCAAAGAUGUGCAAAGACAUACUCUAAUGGAUCAGGAGAGCUGAUGUUGUUGAGGUAGAGCUUCAGAAUACUGUCAGAGCUACACUUACCUUGAAUUGGAUUGUUGUGACUUCAGGGAGGUAGUUGGUCCUUCAACUGGAGGUCACUGGUUCAAUUCCCAACUUUCUCAGUUUUCAUUCAGUGGCCUUGGACAAGAGACUAAAAUCCCACGUUGCUUCACAGUGUGUUGAUAAGCAUCCUCUUACCUGAUGAAGUGUAACUUUAUAAUUUCUAUUCUUUCUUUUUAAGAAAUAACCAACAGAUUAAGACGACAGCAAAUAAAUUACCUUACUAAUUCACAAGAAUGUGAGGUUCACUAAUAGCUGCCCUUUAUAUUUGUAUGGACUCUAUACUCUCACCUUUGCACUGUAAUGGCACAUUACUUAAACUACAGUAAUAAUUCUUUAUGUGCAGAUCAAAGUGUAGGAAUUUAAUAGGGUCAGAGAGCUUGUGUCUAUGCGUGUGUGUGUGUGUGUGUGUGUGUGUGUGUGUGUGUGUGUGUGUGUGUGUGUGUGUGUGUGUGUGUGUGCGUUUGCGUGCGUGUGUGUGUGUUAGUGUGGACUAUAGCUAUGAUUGGUGCCGUCUGAUUUGAAAAAACCUUGUUUUAGACCUUAAAUGAGGUAAAAAUCAUGUUAAAUCAUGGUACAAUAAUAACUGUGAAAAGGAUUGUUGUUUUUGUGAAGAUUGCAUCUUAAGUUAAGAACAGUGUUGUUGGUGCCAAAUGCCAAAACAUUAAAAGUAAGUUACCAGUAGUGUCUAGUGUUAAAGGUAUAUUUCAGGCAGCAUCUGUCUGACUUGAUUUUCUGGCUCCUCAUACAGCAAAACGUUAAUGUUCUGGCACACACAUUUCAUCAGUGCUUUCAUUGUUUUUCGUUGUGACUGUUUUCUAUAAAAUUAUUACUAUCACUGGUAAAGGGCAAAGAAAUGAAUUAUUUUGAAAGAAUAAAAGAUCAUUCCUACUCUUAAUUGUUAGUGUGAAGAACAACACACUUAACAAUAAAGAGGAGGAAUGGUAGAAUGUUGUAUCAGUUGCCUUGCAAUAUUGUUCUAGUUUGCACUACGAUGUUAUUUUUUUAAACAUUGCUUAAUGGAUAAUAACAAAUAAAAAUUGAGCCUAAAGAUGA